AUGGCAAUGCCCCAGAAUUCCACCAGAGAAAAUGGUUUUUGUUUCACUCAGACACUUGACUUCUCCCACCCAUCUCCCUGUCCUGGCGAGGCUGGACGGACCUUUAGUGCUGCAAGUGGGCAAGAUGCCUGUGGCACCCCAAUGAGCAAUGGCAUCACAUCCUCCAGUGCACCCAGCCCCUCUGACUCAUGUGCUCAACCCCUCUGCUCCACCACCCCAGGAGAGGAGGAGACCCAGUAUGAGGAUGGAAUUAAAUACGUGUCGACUGAAGGGAAGGAACUGGCCUGUGGCUGGGGAAGGUUCACCCCCGGGUGCUUACAGCUCUGUAACACAUCCAGGGGUGUCUUGUUCUUCCUCUGCGUGGCCUCCUUCCUGCAAGGCAUGACAGUGAAUGGCUUCAUCAACACUGUCAUCACCUCCAUCGAGCGCCGCUUCGACCUCCGCAGCUACCAGAGUGGGCUGAUCGCCAGCUCCUACGACAUCGCCGCGUGUGUCUGCCUGACCUUUGUCAGCUACUUUGGGGGGAACGGCCACAAACCACGAUGGCUGGGUUGGGGUGUGCUGGUCAUGGGCUUGGGCUCCCUGCUCUUUGCCUUGCCCCACUUUACCACAGGACAAUAUGAGAUACGUUCAGGGACCGAGGUGGGCAUCUGUGGGAGGAACCAGAGCCUACCGUGCUCCCAAGCUGCCUCCAGCCUUUCCAGCUACAGGUUUGUCUUCAUGCUGGGGCAGUUCCUGCACGGAAUGGGAGCCACACCACUCUACACCCUUGGUGUCACUUAUUUAGAUGAAAACGUCAAGACUAACUACUCCCCUGUGUACAUUGCUAUUUUCUACACUGCUGCAAUCCUUGGGCCUGCAGCAGGUUAUCUGGUAGGAGGAAAGUUGCUAACUAUUUAUACUGAAAUUGGCAGAGAGAUUGACAUGGCCCCGGAGAACGCACUGUGGGUGGGAGCAUGGUGGAUUGGCUUCCUCGUGGGGGCUGGACCAGCCUCUCUCCUCAUCUCCAUCCCCAUCCUGGGGUAUCCCCAGCGUCUCCCAGGAUCCCAGCGGUAUAUCGUUAUGAGGGUGUCAGAGGCUCAUCAACUAAAGGAUGGGAGCCACAAAAAAGCAUCAGAUCCAGACUUUGGGAAAACAGUUAAAGAUCUGCCUCGGUCAGUCCUGCUGCUUCUGAAGAACCCCACCUUCAUCUUCCUCUGCUUAGCAGGAGCGACCGAAGCCACCCUCAUUGCUGGGAUGUCCACAUUUGGACCCAAGUUCCUGGAGUCUCAGUUUAGUUUAAGUGCCUCUGAAGCUGCUACAUUAUUUGGUUAUCUGGUUGUGCCAGCCGGAGGGGGAGGCACAUUCCUGGGAGGAUUCCUUGUGAAUAAAUUUAAACUCCGCUGUUCAGGAAUCAUCAAAUUGUGUUUACUUUGUACAGUAUUGAGUCUGCUGGCAAUGCUCAUUUUUUUUAUCCACUGCCCUAAUAUGCCAAUGGCAGGAGUGACCCAGAUAUACAAUGGAAGUGCUUUGCCUGGUGGGCACCUAAACCUGGCAGCAGCCUGCAACGCUGAGUGUGGCUGUUUGAAGGAGACCUACAGCCCUGUCUGCGGGAGUGAUGGUGUUAUGUAUUACUCUCCCUGCCAUGCUGGGUGCAAACAACUGUCUGAAAACCUCACGAAUGGCAAGAAGGUCUAUUAUGAGUGUAGCUGUGUUUACGAGACCCACCAGUCUGACCCUGGCAACGCAGUGGCAGGAAAAUGCACCUCCUCUUGUGAAAAACAGCCAUUGCUCCUGUUCUUCAUGUUUGUGGUCAUCCUCUUCACCUUCCUGAGCAGUAUUCCUGCCCUGACUGCCACUCUGCGGUGUGUCUCUGACAGGCAAAGGUCAUUUGCACUUGGGAUCCAGUGGAUUGUAGUACGAACACUAGGAGGCAUCCCUGGCCCCAUCGCCUUUGGAUCCAUGAUUGAUAAAUCCUGCCUGCUCUGGCAGGACCAGUGUGGUGAGCAGGGUUCUUGCUACGUUUACCAGAACUCAGCCAUGGGCCGAUACACCCUCAUCACUGGACUGGUCUACAAGGUGCUUGGGACAACCUUCUUUAUAGUCUCCUGUUUACUCUACAAACCUCCUCCACCGGAGUCAGCUCCAGGCAGCUCAGAUGCAUCUGAAAAUGUCAACAGUGACCUCCAAGAACACAUGCCUUCACUGCCAGCUGAAGAGCAUAUAUAGUGCUCUACACAUGCAAGUGACUUUCAUAGCCUCAGUAACACAAUGAGAAGACAUUAUGCAGUCCCAAGGGGUCUUUAAAUUAACAGUAAUAUUAUAACUUUUUUAGUUGGAGAUAAAUAAUUUAAUUAACCACUGGUGUGCUUUCUAUUUUCUUAAUGGCAGAAGCACAUGGAAAAUUGUGUGCUGGUGCCAUGUGCAGUUAUUUAAUUUUAUUUAAAGAAAGGGCUACCAUAGCUUUAUUCUCUGUCUGUGACAAGCGAGGACCAAGUUCUCCACUCGUGGAAAUAAGCACCGGUAACUCCAAUGGAGCACGUGGGGUUUAAA